CCUAAGCAUCAAUAUGUUAUUGACAGCUUAGUUUGUUGUUGAAGCGGAAGAUCAUCAUAGCUCAUUCAUGGGCUUAUUACCACGAUGGAAGUUUCUAUAGUCACAUAUUCCUUUAUAGUCACAACUAUUUAUAUUCCUUAUAAUUGAAAAUUGAUGAUAUCAACAGCCCGCGACUGCUAUUACAGUCAUGAAGCGGUGGCAAGUCAGGUAGCUAAGUUAGCCUGCAGUUAGCCAGCUAUAUAACGGAAGAGGUAUGAGUAGAGACGCAGAAGUCCACAGUGAAAUUGUUGUAAAACGCAGCUCUUGGUCCAAAAAGAGAAACAGAGAUGGAAUGAGAAGUGAUUUAACUCCGGCGAAAAAGCGGCUCAGCUCUGAGAAAUGCAAAACAACUGAACAUAUGAAUCUAACGCAGAUCAGGGUAGAGGACGCAGUCACAGAGCAGUGCUGCAGUGACGGCGAGGAUCUCUUUGACGGCUAUGACAGCAUCAUCGCUGACACCUCCUUCCUUGCUAAGCUGGACGAUGUUGAACAGGACCAAGCAUCACAAACCACCGAAAGCACCACUGAUCAUCUCACAGACUUCACAGAGGAAUUCCAUGAUGCAUCACUGAGGGAUUUACCGAGCUCCCAGCUUGCAUUUCAGCAAGACAUGCAAAAUAAAUUGCACCCCACCCACGCUGGAGGAAUCGGGAGCACAUCUACUCCUGAUGUGAGAUGCUCGAAGCAGUCCGUCUGCUAUGAUCAGAACAAACCGGCCAGCAAGGCCAGGAGAAGCAUGGCUGACCAGCUGAAGAGAGCCAUGCUGGAAAACGCAGCUGCUUCCAACACCGUGUCAAAGGCGAUUCUGCAGAAAGAGGCAGCAGUGAGUGAAGAAAUCAACGUCGCUGUGCAGACCAUCAAAUCUGCUCCCCCAGAAGGAGACCUGGGUCCUUUCUUUGGGCUUCCGUCCAAAGUUAAGGAUUUAAUCAUGAGACUGAAGAGGAUUGAGGAUUUGUAUGAGUGGCAGAAGGCGUGUCUGAAUUUGGAUUCGGUUCUCCACAGAAAGAAUCUGAUCUACUCUCUACCGACGAGUGGAGGGAAGACGUUGGUGGCUGAGAUUCUUAUUUUUAAAGAGAUUCUCUGUAGGAAGAAAGACGCACUGCUGAUCUUACCAUAUGUGUCCCUGGUGCAAGAAAAGGUUCGAGGCUUGGCGAGUUUUGGUAUUGAGCUGGAGUUCUUGGUAGAGGAGUAUGCUGGGAGUAAAGGAAAAUUCCCUCCAGUAAAAAGACGAAUCAAGAACUCACUUUACAUUGCCACGAUUGAGAAAAGCCAUAGCCUGGUGAACUCACUGAUUGAGACACAUCGACUGGACAACAUCGGCCUGGUGGUGGUGGAUGAGCUCCACAUGCUUGGAGACGGCAGCAGAGGAGCGAUUCUUGAGAUGACUCUGGCCAAAGUACUGUACAUCAGCAAAAGCACACAGAUCAUCGGAAUGAGUGCAACCCUGGGCAACGUAGCUGAUCUUCUGACCUUCCUGAGGGCUGAGAACUACACCAAUGACUUUAGACCUGUCCAACUGAAAGAGUAUGUGAAACUGAGGGACAGUAUAUAUGAAGUCGAUCCUAAGGAGGAGCAUUGCUUCCGGUUCUCACGUGUGCUGACUUUUAAGUACUCCAGCGGGAUGCAGAAGCUGGAUCCGGACCACAUCAUUGCUCUGGUUACUGAAGUGAUACCGCAUCAGUCCUGUUUGAUAUUCUGUCCCACCAAGAAGAACUGUGAAAAUGUAUCUGGCAUGAUCUGCAAGUAUCUGAAUAAAGACUUCCUGAAGCACCGAGAGGAGGAGAAGGUGAGUCUACUAUCCGAGCUGAGGAACAGCGGGAACGGCUCGCUGUGUCCCGUGCUGCAGAAGACCGUGCCCUUCGGCCUGGCGUACCACCACAGUGGUCUGACCGGCGAUGAGAGGAAGCUGCUGGAGGAGGCGUACUCAUGCGGAGUGCUGUGUCUCCUCGCUUGCACCUCCACUCUGGCUGCAGGCAUCAACCUUCCCGCUCGCAGGGUGAUCCUGCGCUCCCCGUAUGUGGGUGUAGACUUCUUAAAGAGGAGUCAGUACAAGCAGAUGGUGGGAAGAGCGGGUCGUGCUGGGAUCGAUUCGAUGGGCGAGAGCAUCCUCAUCCUGCAGGAAAAAGACAGAGAUAGGGCAAAAGAACUGGUGUGUGCACCAGUGGAGAACUGUUACAGCAACCUGCUGCAUGAUGGGAGUCGCGGUCUUCUGAGUCUCAUCCUCUCCCUCAUCGGCCUUGAUAUAACUUGCACUGUGGAGCAGGUCCUGGAGUUCAUGUCCAGGACGUUACUCAGCGUCCAGGAGACUCGGCUUUGUCAGCAGAAGAGCCUUCGUGAGCUUAUAUUGGAGUCGAUAGAGAUCCUGAAACAGAAGGGUCUCAUCGACCCCUCGUCACAUGAGCAAGCUGUGCUGCAUGUCACCAAACUUGGAAGAGCAACAUAUAAAGGCUCAGUAGAUCUGAGAUACUCUGAUGUCCUCUAUAGAGACCUGUCUAAAGGUCUGGAGGGUCUGCUGCUAAACAGUUUCCUGCAUUUGGUGUAUCUGGUUACUCCAUAUGACAUUGUGUCCCAGAUCAAACCAGACUGGAUGAUCUACUUCAGCCAGUUAACAAAGUUGUCUGCCGCUGAACAGAAGAUGGCGGCCACUAUUGGGGUGCCGGAGAGCUUCCUCGUUCGGAAAGCAGCUGGACAGAGUGUGAGGAAGAGUAUAGACCCUGCAGUGGUGAACAGACUGUACCUGGCUCUGGUGCUUUAUUCUCUGCUGAAUGAGACAAACGUGUGGAACGUCUCCGACCGAUUCCAGCUGACACGUGGCCUUAUUCAGACCCUCGUCAGUUCCACCUCGGCCUUCUGCUCCUGCGUGCUGCAUUUCACCGAGGAGUUGGAGGAGUUUUGGGCCUAUAAAGCUCUCCUCACUGAGCUGACCCGCAGACUGACCUACUGCGUACAAGCCGACCUCAUUCCACUAAUGGAGGUCGCAGGAGUCAUGGAGUUCCGAGCCAAGCAGCUGUACAAUGCUGGAUAUAAAACAUUGCCUCAUCUUGCCAAUGCUGACCCGAACGUCCUGGUGAAAACUGUGGAGCAUCUUUAUAAGAGACAGGCUAAUCAGAUUGUGGCCUCAGCAAAAAUGCUGUUACAGGAGAAAGCAGAAGCUCUGCAGGAAGAGGUCGACGAGCUGCUUAUGUUCCCUAGUGACCUCCCGUCUGCCUAAAUUUGUCUAUAAUGUGAUUUAAUUUAACAUGUAUACUGUUUAUAUUUAUCCACGAUGGCCAGCCCAUGUGUCUAAAAUAAAAAUGAGAUACUGUGCAUUUUA